AUGACUUAUAUUAUAAAUGGAAGAUUGUAGAAAGGACAAUAUAUUCUUCAAAUUAAAGCUAAUUGUCUAAUGGAAGAAUAGGAGUAAAACGAUUUUCCUUUGGCUUCUUAUGAAGAAGGCAUAACCAAGAUGAAAUUUUUGUUACAAAUUUCCAAUAAACAUCCAUUUUAUAUGAGGCUAAAGAAAAAGAGCAGGUCAGGCCUCUUAAUCCAUCUCAUACAGAACUUGUAGUUUUGAAAAAUAAAUCUUAAUAUUAUAUUAAAAUAUUUAGAUAUUCUUAUCUCUGUAGUUUAAAUAUAAAAUAUAAUUAUAUUACUAAAAUUUAUCAAAAGAAAAGACUUUCAAUUUCUAAUUAGCAUUUUAAGGAGAAAUUAAAUCAAAGUAACAUCAUAGAGGUAAUUAAAUCAAAAUUGAAAUUUAAGCCAAGCCAAGAUAAAUUGAAUGUGAAUAAUAAACUUAAGGUGAAAGAAGACUGCAAAUCUUUGAAGUAAACACUAUAUUUAAAUAAGAUUAUAUAGAAAGUGA